AACAAAGUGUUCAGAGCUGCCGACGCCGCAGCGGACGGCCUCAUGGCGGGCGCUAGAGGACCAUGGACGCGCAGGAAGUCGACUCGUAUGACCACCUCUUCAAGCUGCUGCUUGUGGGCGACGCUGGCGUGGGCAAGAGCAGCAUGCUCUUGCGCUUCACGGACGACACGUUCGAUGACCAUCUCCAGAGCACGAUCGGCGUCGACUUCAAGGUCAAGAUGAUGCAAGUCGACGGGAAGCGCAUCAAGAUGACGAUCUGGGACACGGCGGGCCAAGAACGCUUCCGCACGCUCACGAGCUCGUACUACCGGGGCGCGCAGGGCAUCAUCUUGGUGUACGACGUGGCCCGCAAGGAAACGUUCGAGAACCUCGGGACGUGGCUGCAAGAGGUCGAGGUGUACAGCCCGGCCAACGGCCGCGACGUCGUCAAGCUUCUCGUUGGCAACAAGAUCGACAAGGAGCGUGUCGUGUCGCGGCAGGAAGGCGAGGCGUGGGCUCGCUCCAAGGGCAUGCUUUUUGUCGAGAGCAGCGCCAAGACCAAGAUUGGCAUCCAGCAAGUCUUUAACGAAGUCGUCCAGAAGAUCCUCGACAACCCGGCGCUCUUGGCCAACACGGCGCCGCGCAGCCGUGCGAAGAAGGUCAACCUCUCGGCCGACAAGUACGCGCCACAUGCCAACGCGGGCGGCGGCUGCUGCUAAGUCGCCGCUGCACAGGAUGGUCCGAUUUCUUACAUUUACUAUUACGACUACAAACACGGUCCGAUCGCCUCAGUCUUCAAACUCCGAGUACGUCGACUCGACGCUGCCCUGUCGCUGCAUCGCGCA